AUGGCACAACCUGUCCACGAGGUUCGCGCCCGGUUGCCUCCGCCUCCCCCUAUUCGCUCAGGUGAUAGGCCCCAAGUGGUAGGGGUUAGCCCCCCACCUUAUUGCCGGUACCACCGCACAAGGAAUCAUUCUCCGAAGGAUUGCGAGGGAUUAAAGGAAGAAAUUGAGGCGCUCAUUAAGCAUGGCUGGCCAUUGCCCUUUAACUGGUGGCGUAGGCCAAGCUCGGUCGGGCAGCAAUGGGUGACAGAGCAAAGCGGGGCAAAAACCAACGACAAGGGUAAGCAGCCCAUUCAAGAGGAGGACGGAGAUCGAAAUCGACAGCACAAGUCAGUGAUAAACAUGAUAGUAGUUGGUCCUGAAGGAGGUGACUCUGCGAGAGCCCGGAAGGCACGCGCCCGGCAGCUAUACGUGGGUGCGAUAGCCUUCCAGGAGCCAGACCGUAAGAAGAUAUGUAGAGAGCCGAUUGUCUUUACGGACGACGACCUACCCAGAGGCCCCACGCCGCAUUGGGACGCCUUGGUUAUCGCAAUAGACAUUCAAGGAUUGGUCACCCGGUGGGUGCUGGUGGACAUGGGUAGCGGCGUCAACGUGUUGUACUGGGAAGCCUUUCAGAAGUUGGGCUUGGCCCGGGAGCAGAUGCGACCAGUCAGGACCCCCUUGGCCGGGUUCACCAGUGACGCAGUCAAGGCUGAAGGAUGCGUCUCUUUGACCGUCGAGCUGGGCACUUGGCCUCAGAUGAGAAGAUUGGAAAUGAAUUUCGUCGCUGUUGCUCUGGAGUGCGUACACAACGUUAUCCUCGGUCGACCUGGGAUAGAGGAUCUAGGAGCCUUGAUCUCCAUCGAGCAACUGUGUAUGAUGUUUCGCACACCGACUGGCGUCGGAGUGGUGCGAUGCGAUCAAAAGACGACUCGUAGUUGCUACCUGCAGGCUUGCUGA